AUGACCCAAACCGACGACCCGCGACGAAGCCACGGAAGAAAGAGCGACGCGAUGGACAGUGCAGACACUCGGCUCGUUGCCGAGCUCGACGCCAUUCGGCAGCUCGUGGAUCCGUCCACGACGAUGGACGCGGUGUGGAGCCAAGUCGCUGCCAGCGGCGUCCUCGCGAUCGCUGUCUUGGUCAAGCAACGCGUAGCCUCGUACGUCUCGCUGCACCGAACGCGCCGAUCUUUCUUGGCCGACGACGCCCCGACUCUCAAGCCGCGCAUCUUGCACCCGCCGCCGCUGCAAGCGCUACCCCAAGUACAACCGCGCAGCAAAAGCGCCUUGCGCCGCAUGCCCAAGGUGCUCCCCAACCAAGUGAGCGACGACGAGUGA